AUGUUUUCUCGUGCCCUCAUUGCCUCCCUUGCUCUCGUCCCCUUCGCCGUCGCUCAGACCUCGUCCGUCGACAUUGCCGCCAUCGAAGCACACUUCGAACAAUCCGCCAUCGUCCCCGACCUUUUCCCCUCCUUCACGCCCUCUGCCUUGCUCACCCUCGACUACCCAGGCGUUGGUGAGGCGGAGCCCGGUCAGCUGUUCACAAAAGAGCAGGUUGGCCCCACCCCGACAGUGACGAUUGUCCCGGCCAACUCUUCUGUCUUGUUGAGCGGCACCUAUACCUUAGCCAUGGUCGACGCCGAUAUUGUUGGAAGCAAGCUCCCUGAGGGUCAAACUCGUCACUGGUUGGUCAACGGGGUCAGCUCCCUCGUGCAGGAUCGACCGUCAACAACGCAUCCGCUGUCGGAAUUACCACCUACGCUGGGCCUUGGCCUCCCGCAGGCAGCGGCCCUCACAGGCAAGUGCCAUUUCCUGUUGGCACCGUCCACUUUCUCUGCGCCCGCAGCCUUCUCCCAACCAAACAUGGGCGUUUCCGUUUUCGACUUCAAUGCCUAUGUCAGAGCUCGCCUCCAGGAUAGCGGACUUGGUCCUCUCAUCGCGGCAAACUACAUUACCGUUGAGGAAGGCACUGCCACCGCCUCCAUCCCUGCCACUUCAGCUGUCGUCACUAGCACCCUCGCUGCAGGCACCUCCGUUACCUCCGCUUCAGGAAGCUCCACUGGAACCUCUGAUGCUUCCUCCCCUACCACUUCCACUAGCGACGCUGCUGUGCUCUCUGCGAAGCUGCUGUCAGCGGUGGUCGCUGCUGGUCUCGCCAUAUUUGUCAUUUAA